GAAUGAGAUCUGGAGACGGGGGUGCGGAUAUGCUCGUCUUUUUUAUGGGUUGCGUAGUGGUUAUCCAAUGCAAAAACCACGCAAGAAACAUCGGUCGGAGUCCAGUACAGGCAUUAGGUGGGCUUUCUAGACGAUCUAAACAUCACCGUUGCAUUGCGGGUAUUGCUGUGGUCUCCAGAAAUGAUAAAAAUUUGAUAGAAGCGCAAGGGAGGAAGCGGAUACAUGCCCUAAUCCAAUACGAAAGUACGAUAGUUGAGGAUUUUAAAGGAUUAGUGUCUAGGGCUUGGAUUAUGAAGGAGAGUACUGUUGCGCUUGUUGAAGUUCGUAAGCCUCAACAGCAAAGAAUGGAAGCU